UAGUGGAUGUGUCCCAAAUUUAUACUGUUCUUUGUUAAGGGAUACUGAAAUAUUUGAUUCUCUUAUAUGUACCAGAAGUUACAAGUUGAUUAUUUCAAGUUCAUCACUAGUAAUUGAGCAUCUAUUUGUUGUGUGCACAGUGCUUGGUAUUUUCAUCCACAUCAUUUCAUUUAACACAAGAAUCACAUAAGGUAUGUAUCAUUAUUUCCUUUUUAUAGAAGAGGAAACAGAAGGUCAACAAUGUCUUUCAAUGUGCCUAUGAUUCCAUAGAUAGUGAUAGGCAGAGCUAGAAACCGAUAUCAAGUUUGUGUGGCUGCAAAGUCCAUGGUCUUUGUGCACAUCACUUUGCCUUCCCUCCUGGCACUCAUAUCCAACUUUGAAAGCUUUUGUGCCUUUCAUACAUUUAUUUUUUCUAAAGUAAUUCUUUUCAGGCUGAGGCUUUGUCUUGUUAAAAAAAAAAACAAAAGCCAGAAUGUGAGAAUUCAGACACAUAACCCUAGUACUGCUCAUAUUGUAGGAUAUCAUGGUCAUGAUUCACACACAACUUUUGGGGAAAUGUCCAUGCUUGCUGAUAGUUAUGUAUGUAUGUUUUCUUAAGUCUUCAGAUUGAAGUUCUUCAAGAAAAAUCAAAUUAUUCUGGAGAAUAUGUUGCUCUUUAAUCUAGAAAAGCCAUGGAAAUGGCCGAAUGUAACUAACAUACUCUCCCCUGUCCUUGAUUAUGUGCUCUAAUUUGAACCAAGGGAAUAUUAUUCUGAAAUGAUCGUUUUUCUUCCAAUCCAAUUUCCUAGCCUCCCUAGCUGGCUACUUCCAUCCAUACCUCUCUAACUACUCUCUCCCCCCAUCACCAUCAUAUGCCCCCACUUCUUAUUUCCCUAUAGUUUCAUACUACAACCGAUGAAACCAUCACUUACCAAUGUAGGUCUCCAAAUGCUUCAGUUCACUUUCCAAUUAAUCCCAGUCCAUAAAAAUACCUGGACUCUUCUCUGCUUCAUGUAAUCCAAGAAGCAUGAAAAAGUAUGAUGUGAGAGAUAAAUCUUGGAAGAUUUUGCAAAAUAUCCUGGAUUUAGCUCAUAACAAUAAGAAAAAUUGUGUUUGGCCCAUUCAGCUUGAACAUAAACACUUUCCAGCCCUUGGUAUCAAUGAUAACUAAGGAUGUGAUUUUUUUUUUUUCAUUCCAGGAAAAGGAUCAAGUCAGAAAAACAUGUCAAAAUCAACUCGAUACUUUUUGGUCCAGUAAUUGGAUAAAUGGUGAUAGUAUUUACUGAAAAGAGAAUACUGGUGCAGAGGCACAUUUGGGAUGAGGGUAGAAAAUCAAGAGCUGACCUUUCUAUAAUCACUUAGGUUAUUUACAGUUUAUGUUAUUACAAUCAGUAUUGCUGUAACAUCAUUUUACAUAUUCUUGUACACAUGGGGAAGACUUACUCUACAGUAUUUUAUACAGUAUAGGAGUAAAAUAGCUGAAUUCUAAGGUAAUUGAGUCUCCAAUUUUAAUAUAUUCAUGGAAUUUGAAAAGAAAAUUUGUGUGCACAAAGUAUUCUAGAAGUGAGGCAAAGUUACCAUUUAAAAAUUUUAAUUGUAGGGUUCUCUACAUGUAUCUUCAUUAAAUGUGGGGUAAUUUCAACCAUUUUAAUCUCCUCUGGUUCUGAUUUCAAUAGCCACCAUUAAAUGAAUAGAUGGAGACUGAAAACCACACAGCAGUGACAGAGUUCAUCAUUCUGGGAUUAACAGAUAAUCCCACACUAUGUGCCAUCUUCUUUGUGAUUUUUCUAGGAGUUUAUGUAGUUACCAUCGUGGGAAAUAUCAGUAUAAUCAUCUUAAUCCGAAGCAGCCCACAGCUGCACACCCCAAUGUACCUUUUUCUCAGCCAUUUGGCCUUUGUGGAUAUUGGGUAUUCCACUUCAGUCACACCAAUCAUGCUGAUGAGUUUUUUAAGAGAGAAAACAACAAUCCCUGUCACUGGUUGUAUAGCCCAGCUUGGCUCUGAUGUCACUUUUGGGACUACAGAAUGCUUCCUGCUGGCUACCAUGGCCUAUGAUCGCUAUGUGGCCAUCUGCUCUCCCUUACUCUACUCCACCCAGAUGUCCUCAGUGGUCUGCUUCCUCCUACUGGGGGCUUCCUACCUGGGUGGAUGCAUGAACGCUUCAUCAUUUACAGGCUGUCUGAUGAAUCUAUCUUUCUGUGGACCAAAUAAAAUCAACCAUUUUUUCUGUGACCUCUUUCCACUCUUGAAGCUUUCUUGUGGCCAUGUUUUUAUUGCUGAAAUAUCUCCCGCCAUCUCUUCUGCAUCCGUCCUCAUAAGCACACUGUUUACCAUAAUUGUGUCCUACAGCUACAUCCUCCACUCAAUUCUGAAUAUGCGCUCUACUGAGGGGAGGAAGAAGGCCUUCUCAACCUGCACUUCCCACCUCACUGCCGUCACUUUGUUUUAUGGGACAGUUUUGUUCGUUUAUGUGAUGCCCAAGUCCAGUUAUUCAGCUGAUCAGGUCAAAGUGGCAUCUGUCAUCUAUACAGUGGUGGUCCCCAUGUUGAAUCCCCUCAUCUACAGUCUGAGGAACAAGGAGGUGAAAGGGGCCAUGAGAAAACUAAUGGCCAGAACACACUGGUUUUCCUGAAUCAGAUCAGAUAUAAAUCCAUAAAUAACAAAGCAAUGAUUCGGGGAAACAUUUGUGCUGGAUACUUUAAUGGUAUUUAUCAUUAACUUCAUCACUUUGAUAGUGAAGAGCUCCUAUAAAUGUAAAAAGCCAAUGUUUACUUCCAUAUAAGAAGUUAAAUGUAUCAUUUAAUGUGGAAAUCUGUUUCAUUCAAAUUAAA